AUGGGUCAAAUCUACGAGGCUGCAAGGACUGUGCUCGUCUGGCUCGGCACGACUGAGCCCCCCUAUGAAGUCUACUGGGUUGUCAGGUGUUUCAUACCAAGGAUAUUGGAAGUGGCCCGGGCCGCAAGCAACGCUGACUUCCUACAACAAGUUGGGCCGGAGUUAGAUCACCCCGAGAUCAUACAGUUGCUUGGCAAGGAUUUCUGCGAUGAGUGGCGCAAGUCAUAUCCAGUGUACUUCAACUUCUUCCUCAAGAAGCGAUGGCUCACGCGUGGAUGGGUUGUCCAGGAAGCAGCGAUCCCUCAUUCUGAGGAUAUUGUGCUUCAGUGCGGCAGGGUCCAAUUCGCCUGGUCUGACAUCAACAAACUGUCUGCCCUCAUUCUUCGGGUGCGUUGGGAUGAGAAGCUCAUACACACACUAGGCGAACUCCUCCCGGAUUGGAAGAAACGCCCUGGCACGAUAGACCGUCUUUGGAACUCAACAAAAGCUUCUCUUUCGGCAUUCAGACGUGAGAAGGUUAGCAACGGGAUGGCUCAUUGGCAGAAACAGCGCUGGGGAGCUACCACAGACGAAGCUAUGCGACAUGCUGAAGUGCUGCAAACUCUCCACCGGCUGAGGAUUUAUAACUUCGAAAACCCGCUGGACCAUAUAUAUGGCGCGCUGGGAGUCAUACAACGCAUCCUGGGUCGCAAUUAUCAGGUUGAGGUGGACCCCAGUUACGAUGUCUCCGUCGAAGUCGUCUAUACCCAGGUGACGACUUGGUUGAUCAAACGUUUGUCCAAUCUCGACAUUCUGGGACUAGCAGGCCUGACUGAAGGCCGCCUACCAAAUCUGCCGUCGUGGGUUCCAGACUUUUCAUCUCAUGGGCCUGAACACUAUACUUCCCUACAAAGACUGAGGCAGCUGGCACGAGGGUCGGAUUUCCCGAGAACGUUCGAUACCACCAGCACUGCAGAUGGAUCGAGCAGCCACGGGGCCCGGAGUCAUGGUUCCACUACUCUCGUACUGGAGGGGAUCCUAAUCGAUAGGGUCUCAAAGACCCAAAGUUCGGAGUUCGAUAGGCAGAAUAUCUUCAGCAACGCAACAUGGCUACGCCAUCUGAGCAGUCAGCAGAGUGUUUAUGAAUCAACAGGAGAGAGUUUUAUGGAUGUCGCCGUGUCGACACUGAUUGCAGAUGUCAAAUUACUCAAAGACUCUCAAGAGAGUCGAAGAGCGUGGGUACAGAAGUGCAUAACCUACGAUGAUACCAUGAGCAUGGGAGAUGAAGGCAUUGAAAAUUCAAGAAUGGUUAUGCCGACAGAGACAUCCACCCAACAUUCUUACAUGGCGAUUCCCGAAGACUCUUUAUCAGAAAGCUUGAUUAAAGAUCCGUUAUCAAAGGUGGUUCAUUUAAUUGCUUCUGGGAGACGGUUAUUGGAGACAGAGAAGGGCUACCUUGGGCUUGGAUCAGCGGCCUCCGAGGUCGAUGACGAAGUUUGGCUUAUUCGCGGUAGUCGUAUGCCGCUAUUGCUGAGGAAAAGCUCAGCCAAGACUAGCUACGACGACGAUAUUAGAGAUACGAAUGGCGAAAAGUAUGUGUUAGUUGGAGAGGCAUAUGUCCAUGGGAUCAUGUAUGGAGAGUUGAUGACCGACGACUUCAUCUCACGCUGCCAGACAAUUUCCGUCGUCUGA